CUUUUAUUCUGAAACACCGCCGUUAUUUGGAAUAAAUUUUGCGGGAUGUUGAACACAAUAAACCAAACCACCUUAACGCUGAAGGGGGUAAAUCAAGGACUUCUCUAAAGUUCCAGUGUCAAAAGAAGAUGUCUUCAUUGGUGGCCUAUGAUGAUUCAGAGUCAGAGGAUGAGUCCUGCGAUCAGAAGGACGAAGGAGCCCCAGAAACGUUCCAAACAAACCCUGCUGGAUGUAAUAACCCUAAUUUAGUGCCCGGACCUUCAUGUUCUGUUACUGAUCAAACAGCUUUAGAACCUCAUCGAGGUGUCACAGAACAAAGUAGCUCUUCACUGCAUGUUUACCCUAAACUACAACACUGGGACAGGAAGUACUCUAGUGGAAGAGAAGACAAGUACUUUAAAGACAUUUCUGCUACUCUCAGUUCACCUGUGAAUCAGGGGGAAACUGUACGUCUACAGACUCCUCGUCUCCCGAAACGUGUCCCUGAUGGUUCAAAUCCAGCUAAAAUGCCACCAUCUGCCUUGGCUGGUGUCAGACCCUAUAUCCCUAAGAGACAGAGACUCACCCAGUCAGAGGAAACAGAGGACUCUCAAAACCCAUCAGAACAAGUCUUGGAGAAUCAGACCAGAAAAAUUCUCUCAGAUGUGUCAUCCAGAGUGAAGCCUUACCUUGGUGAAAAACUCAAAGCAGCUGGGAUACCCAGGAGGCUUUUAAUGAGUCUGGAAGGCCACCAGGGGCCAGUCAAUACUGUGCAGUGGUGUCCUGUGCCUCAUAUCAGCCACCUGCUGCUGUCCGCCUCCAUGGACAAGACCUUUAAGCAGGUGUGGGAUGGAGCAGAAAGUGGACGAUGCCUCAGGCUUUACACCUGCCACUCGGGAGCUGUGCGUGACGCCUGCUGGACCCCCUGCGGGCGACAGCUCCUCACCGGCUCAUUUGACAACAUGGCUGUAAUCACUGAUGUGGAGACGGGGCAGCAGACAGUGAAAGUGGACAACCAGUUUAAGGUGAUGUGUGUUGCCCUGCAGCCCAGCAGCCCAGACGUUUUUCUGUGUGGAGGUUACAGCUCAGUUGUCUUGGCCUGGGACUCUCGCUGCUGCAAGGUGGUAAAAGCCUACAAAGCAGCCAUCCAGCAGACCUUGGACAUCCUGUUUCUUAGAGGUGGGACAGAUUUCAUAACGAGCUCUGAUUGCGUUAGUCGAGACUCUGCCGACCGCACCCUCAUCGCCUGGGACUACCAGAGCACAGCCAAGGUUUCUAACCAGAUCUACCAUGAGCGUUACACGUGUCCAAGUUUGGCUCUCCACCCCCUGGAGGAAUCAUUUGUUGCCCAAACCAAUGGGAACUACAUGGCGCUGUUCUCCUCACAAAUACCCUACAGAAUGAACAAAAAGAGACGAUUCGAUGGACAUAAGGUGGAGGGUUAUGCUGUUCAGUGUGACUUUUCCCUGGAUGGAGCCAUACUGGCCUCGGGAAGCUCGAUGGGCUCGGCCCACUUCUACGACUAUCAAAGUACUCGCGUGCUGCACGCCAUCCGGGCUCACUGCCAGCCCUGCCUGUGUGUGUCGCAGCAUCCAGUCCUCCCUGCAACUGUGGCUACUUGUGACUGGGCGGGUGAAAUCAAGAUCUGGCACUGAGAUCUGGGUGUGAAUAGGUACAUACAUGCUUUUAGCAGCGGAGAAUCACCUGGAUUGAAAAAGGAUGCACAGAUUUAAUUUAAAAUAUUUGCAAGAAAAAUAACCUGUAGAAAGAAAUUAGGUUUUCAAGUCUACUGUGUAUUAAUGCCUCGGAAAAUAAAUUUGAUUGUAUAAUGCAA